GAUCGCGGACUUGAGCGGCGGCGGCGGCUCAGGAGAGAGGAACGUGGGCUGCAGGCGCGAUGCUUGGCCAGAGGACGUGUCCGACGGCGGCCGGACGCUGAGCCGGGCUGGGCAGGGCAGCCCUGCCCGGGCAUGGAGCGCUGGGUGGCUGAGCCUCUGGACGUUUGGGGCGCGCCUAGUCCGAGUCCCCGGCGCGCCUGAAGUUGCGAGCGGCGAGCGGCCCGCGAGGACCCGAGAGCGGCCGGCACGCCGCGGAUGAGCCUUCGCGCCGGCUGCGAGACGCGGCGGUGGCCAGGGCAAGAGCAGGCGGCCCGCGGGGGCCGAUCCGGCGGAGAGCAGAGCUCCAGGCGAGGCGCGGCGCCGCUGCACACACGCACACGGAGCCAUGGGGUGCCAUGUUGCUACCAGCUGCCACGUGGCCUGGCUUUUGGUGCUGAUCUCUGGAUGCUGGGGCCAGGUGAACCGGCUGCCCUUCUUCACCAACCACUUCUUUGAUACAUACCUGCUGAUCAGCGAGGACACGCCUGUGGGUUCUUCUGUGACCCAGUUGCUGGCCCGAGACAUGGACAAUGACCCCCUGGUGUUUGGCGUGUCUGGGGAGGAGGCCUCUCGCUUCUUUGCAGUGGAGCCUGACACCGGCGUGGUGUGGCUCCGGCAGCCACUGGACAGAGAGACCAAGUCAGAGUUCACCGUGGAGUUCUCUGUCAGCGACCACCAGGGGGUGAUCACACGGAAGGUGAACAUCCAGGUCGGGGAUGUGAAUGACAACGCACCCACAUUUCACAAUCAGCCCUACAGCGUCCGCAUCCCUGAGAAUACACCGGUGGGGACGCCCAUCUUCAUCGUGAAUGCCACAGAUCCUGACUUGGGGGCAGGAGGCAGCGUCCUCUACUCCUUCCAGCCCCCCUCCCAAUUCUUCGCCAUCGACAGUGCCCGCGGUAUCGUCACAGUGAUCCGGGAGCUGGACUACGAGACCACACAGGCCUACCAGCUCACGGUCAACGCCACGGAUCAAGAUAAGACCAGGCCUCUGUCCACCCUGGCCAACUUGGCCAUCAUCAUCACAGAUGUCCAGGACAUGGACCCCAUCUUCAUCAACCUGCCUUACAGCACCAACAUCUACGAGCAUUCUCCUCCGGGCACGACGGUGCGCAUCAUCACCGCCAUAGACCAGGAUAAAGGACGUCCCCGGGGCAUUGGCUACACCAUUGUUUCAGGGAAUACCAACAGCAUCUUUGCCCUGGACUACAUCAGCGGAGCACUGACCUUGAAUGGCCUGCUGGACCGGGAGAACCCCCUAUACAGCCACGGCUUCAUCCUGACUGUGAAGGGCACGGAGCUGAACGAUGACCGCACCCCAUCUGACGCUACAGUCACCACGACCUUCAAUAUCCUGGUUAUUGACAUCAAUGACAACGCCCCGGAGUUCAACAGCUCCGAGUACAGUGUGGCCAUCACUGAGCUGGCACAGGUCGGCUUUGCCCUUCCACUCUUCAUCCAGGUGGUGGACAAGGAUGAGAAUUUGGGCCUGAACAGCAUGUUUGAGGUGUAUCUGGUGGGGAACAACUCCCACCACUUCAUCAUCUCCCCAACCUCCGUCCAAGGGAAGGCAGACAUUCGUAUUCGGGUGGCCAUCCCACUGGACUACGAGACCGUGGACCGCUACGACUUUGAUCUCUUUGCCAAUGAGAGUGUGCCUGACCAUGUGGGCUAUGCCAAGGUGAAGAUCACUCUCAUCAAUGAAAAUGACAACCGGCCCAUCUUCAGCCAGCCACUGUACAACAUCAGCCUGUACGAGAACGUCACCGUGGGGACCUCUGUGCUGACAGUCUUGGCAACAGACAAUGAUGCGGGCACCUUUGGGGAAGUCAACUAUUUCUUCAGUGAUGACCCAGACAGGUUCUCGCUGGACAAGGACACGGGACUCAUCAUGCUGAUUGCCAGGCUGGACUAUGAGCUCAUCCAGCGCUUUACCCUGACGAUCAUUGCCCGGGAUGGGGGCGGUGAGGAGACCACAGGCCGGGUCAGGAUCAAUGUGUUGGAUGUCAACGACAACGUGCCCACCUUCCAGAAAGAUGCUUAUGUGGGUGCUCUGCGGGAGAACGAGCCUUCUGUCACACAGCUGGUGCGGCUCCGGGCAACAGAUGAAGAUUCCCCUCCCAACAACCAGAUCACCUACAGCAUUGUCAGUGCAUCUGCCUUUGGCAGCUACUUCGACAUCAGCCUGUACGAGGGCUAUGGAGUGAUCAGCGUCAGUCGCCCCCUGGAUUAUGAACAGAUAUCCAAUGGGCUGAUUUAUCUGAUAGUCAUGGCCAAGGAUGCUGGAAACCCCCCUCUCAACAGCACCGUCCCUGUCACCAUCGAGGUAUUUGAUGAGAAUGACAACCCUCCCACCUUCAGCAAGCCCGCCUACUUCGUCUCCGUGGUGGAGAACAUCAUGGCAGGAGCCACGGUGCUGUUCCUAAAUGCCACAGACCUGGACCGCUCUCGGGAGUACGGCCAGGAGUCCAUCAUCUACUCCUUGGAAGGCUCCGCCCAGUUUCGGAUCAACGCCCGCUCAGGGGAAAUCACCACCACGUCUCUGCUUGACCGAGAGACCAAGUCUGAAUACAUCCUGAUUGUUCGCGCAGUGGAUGGGGGUGUGGGCCACAACCAGAAAACUGGCAUCGCCACCGUAAACAUCACCCUCCUGGACAUCAACGACAACCACCCCACGUGGAAGGACGCACCCUACUACAUCAACCUGGUGGAGAUGACCCCCCCAGACUCUGACGUGACCACGGUGGUGGCUGUGGACCCAGACCUGGGGGAGAAUGGCACUCUGGUGUACAGCAUCCAGCCACCCAACAAGUUCUACAGCCUCAACAGCACCACAGGCAAGAUCCGCACCACCCAUGCCAUGCUGGACCGGGAGAACCCUGACCCCCAUGAGGCUGAGCUGAUGCGCAAAAUCGUCGUCUCUGUCACUGACUGUGGCAGGCCCCCUCUGAGAGCCACCAGCAGUGCCACAGUGUUUGUGAACCUCUUGGAUCUCAAUGACAAUGACCCCACCUUUCAGAACCUGCCUUUUGUAGCUGAGGUGCUCGAAGGCACCCCUGCAGGGGUCUCCAUCUACCAAGUGGUGGCCAUCGACCUCGAUGAGGGCCCGAAUGGCCUGGUGUCCUACCGCAUGCCGGUCGGCAUGCCCCGCAUGGACUUCCUCAUCAACAGCAGCAGCGGCGCGGUGGUCACCACCACCGAGCUGGACCGAGAGCGCAUCGCUGAGUACCAGCUGCGGGUGGUCGCCAGUGACGCAGGCACGCCCACCAAGAGCUCCACCAGCACGCUCACCAUCCACGUGCUGGAUGUGAACGACGAGAUGCCCACCUUCUUCCCGGCCGUGUACAACGUGUCCGUGUCUGAGGACGUGCCGCGCGAGUUCCGAGUGGUCUGGCUGAACUGCACGGACAACGACGUGGGCCUCAAUGCCGAGCUCAGCUAUUUCAUCACAGGUGGCAACGUGGAUGGGAAGUUCAGCGUGGGUUACCGCGAUGCCGUUGUGAGAACUGUGGUGAGCCUGGACCGGGAGACCACAGCUGCCUACAUGCUCAUCCUGGAGGCCAUCGACAACGGCCCUGUAGGGAAGCGGCACACAGGCACAGCCACCGUGUUCGUCACUGUCCUGGACGUGAAUGACAACCGGCCCAUCUUUCUGCAGAGCAGCUAUGAGGCCAGCGUCCCCGAGGACAUCCCCGAAGGCCACAGCAUUGUGCAGAAGGAAGCCUUGGCCUCCCCCUCCAUAUCUCCUGCCCCACCCAGAAGGGCCUUUCAGUGUAGGGGGGAGAAGGAGAUGUCACAAUUUCCCGGAAAGGAGUUGAGGAGAGAGCCAGGGCCCAGCAAGGCCCAGAACAGAGCCGCUUUCACAGAGCCCUUGGCCGAGGCUCCCCUCUUGGGAAGUAAACAGGCACAAGAAGAAAGGGCUCCUUUGCCCAGGGAGCAGGCACAACAGCUCCAAGACUCAGAGGGAGAGAGGGGAGGACCCUGAAAACGAUUUGGGUGCCCCCCCAACCUCUGCCCAGAGGCCUCAGUUGCUGGGUGGGGAGGGAGGCCCGGAAUGAAUGAGUCUCUUUACCAGCUAUGGGAUUUCCGACCCGGAGGCUGAGCCAAACAGCGAAUCUGGGCCUGCCCACUGGGGCAGGCUCCUGGGCUUGGGAGGGACAGAAGCGUGGGAGGCUGGCAAUGCUCCCCUCCCUGCAUCGGGACCAGGAGGAGGGCAGGAAAGGGCUGGGGAGCAGGGAGCUGACUCCCAGAAACACAGAGAGCCCAGAAAGCCCUGGGGAUUUGCGAGAGUGUGGUGGCUAGCUCCAGAAGGAGGAAGGAGAGGGUUCUCUCGAUCAGAGCCUCAGCUUGUAAGGACUUGGAGCAUAACCGCCUGGCCUGGUACCUGAAACCCAAUUGAGAGCCCCUCCCCGUCCUGGGCUUUUCCUUCUUCAGGCCUCAGGGCAGCCUCACCCCCUACCCCAACUUCCAGGAAGAGAGUGCCGAGUGGCCAGCAGGGCCUGCUGGUGGGGUGGAUGGCUACAAGCUGAAUCCA